CUGGUGAUGCCGUUGUGCCAUUUCUUUUUCUUUCUAAAAUGGUGAAAGUUUCAGUGCCCAAAUUAUAACAGACAACAAGCACACGCAUUCCAAAAUUGUGCGCUCAAGCAAUUCCUGCCUUCUCUUCAAAUCAAAAUCACACGCACUAACAGCUCAUAUCCAUUCCCGCGAUUUUUCAGUUUUACCUUCACGCUAUCCCUCAUUUCUCUUUUUUUUCUUUUUCUGUCGCUUCGAUCUGCUAUCAGUGUCAAUGUCUUGCUUCAUUUUCUAGGUUUUUUUUUUUUGAAAUUUGGAUUCUUGUUUUUAAUAAAUCUGAGAGCUGUGCUGGUAUAUUAUAGUUUCUCAGACACUAGACUACAUUAGGGAUAAAGCUUUCGAAUUCUUAACUUGCUUACAGUGUUUAACUCAAACAAAUAAGCAUAUCAGGUUGCAGCUUGUUUUGAACAACGGAAUUUCUCAAGUGUUGCUUACAUAAAGGAUUAUUGAAAUUUGGAAUUGAUGGAUGCGGAUGGCGAGGGUAUUUCAUCAGAUUCAACUGCAGUUCGAACUAUCCCAAUUCGUUCUAGACGAUGUGAAGCUUUCUAUCAGUUCAAACAGCAAAGGCUUCCAGCUUGUAAACCUGUCCUGACACCAGCAUGGGUUAUUUCUACAUUUUUGUUGCUGGGUUUUGUUUUCCUUCCCAUCGGGCUUGUCACACUCCGUGCUUCUCGUGAUGUUGUUGAGAUUGUGGAUCGUUAUGACAUAGAUUGCAUACCUGAGUCAUUCAGAGGCAACAAGGUGUCAUAUAUCAAGGAUACUUCAGUUCCCAAAAAUUGCACUCGGGUCUUGAAGGUACACAAGUAUAUGAAAGCUCCAAUCUACAUAUAUUAUCAGCUUGAUAGUUACUACCAAAAUCAUCGAAGGUAUGUUAAAAGUAGAAGUGAUCAGCAGCUCUUACAUGGAUUGAAGUACAAUGACACAAGUUCUUGCAAACCUGAAGAGUCCAACAAGGGUCUUCCUAUCGUCCCUUGUGGGUUAAUAGCGUGGAGUCUGUUCAAUGACACAUACACAUUUGUUCGUGGCAGAGCAGAAUUGUCAGUCAACAGGAAGAAUAUUGCAUGGAAGAGUGAUCGCGAGCACAAAUUUGGGAAGCACGUUUAUCCCUUCAACUUUCAGAAUGGGACCUUGAUUGGUGGUGGAAAGCUAGAUCCCCAUACUCCUCUAAGUGAUCAAGAGGAUCUUAUUGUAUGGAUGCGUACUGCUGCCCUUCCUAGCUUCCGAAAGUUGUAUGGUAGAAUUGAAGAAGAUUUGGAUGCAGAUGAUGUUAUACUCGUACACCUGAUGAACAAUUAUAAUACAUACAGCUUCGGAGGCCAAAAGAAGCUUGUUAUUUCAACUUCAAGCUGGUUGGGAGGAAGGAACGAUUUUCUUGGGGUUGCCUACAUCUUUGUUGGUUCUUCCGCCAUAAUCCUCUCACUCGUUUUCUUAUUGCUUCAUGUAAAUAACCCAAGGCCUUACAGAGACUCAUCUUACUUGUCCUGGAAUAAAAAAGGCGUUGCUAGUUGAAAAUGCGACUUUUUCAAAAUCCAUGUUAUUAUUUAAUGACGAUGAACUUAUUGAUUCAGAUAAAUUUUGGAAGUGGGAAGUGAUGUCAACGUACUUUAGGCCAGAGAAGGACUUAUUUUGUGAUUUGAUUCAAAAAAGUUCAAGCCACAUGCUGGUUACAUGAUAUAAAUCUUAGACAAGUCAUUGUGUAUUUUACCACAAAUUCUACUUCAGAAGCCGACCAUACUCUCCAUAGGCGACGGAUCUUAAAUGAUAUAUUACUUCACAUAUAUGUUGAAGAAUUACUGUGUAAUAUUACUUCACAUAUAUGUUAUCUAAUCUGGGAAUAAACAGUAAAUAAAAGUGGUUUAUUUGAUGGGUUGAUGAUGGUGAA